ACAUACCCUCCGACCGCCAUGAAACGAUGCGCAAUAACCUGCACAGGCCGCUUUCAGGUCAAUCGAUUGAGCGCUGAAGCACAGAAGCGAUGGGCGUCCUGGGACAGGUCCGACCUCACAGAGGAGGCCCUCACCAAGCAGGUCGAAUCUGGACUCGGCCACGAUGCGGAGGGCAACCCCCUCAAGAUUGACAUCAAAUCCAAGACGGUCUCGACGGCAAGCGGACCUCUACCAAUAUCCCCAGUUCUGGAUCCAAAAUGGAUGAAGGCGAAACGCCGACCAAAAAAGAAGGACGCGGGGAAGAUAUCAGGGCAGUUCCGGAAAAAGUUGUCCAACAACCCAUUCGCAUUGGCGCUCAUGACCCCCAUGAGACGGUGCAACAACUCGAACACCUCUCUCCCUCGAUAUUUUUACCAGGACUUUGAACUGGUUGACAACCCCGAUCCAAAAAUCGAGGCCGGAUGGUGGGCACCCGGCCCUCUGACCUUCGAAAACCUCGAACCCUUUCACGAUCCCAACGUCUCACUGCCUGUAGUGAAGCGCGAAAGAUAUCUAACCGGAAGUGAGGAGGAUGUUGAGGAGGAUUUCAAGAAGGUUGUUGAGGAGGAGGGCGAGGAAGAUGUCGAAGAGGAUGUCGAGGAGGAUGUCGAGGAAGAUGUCGAGGACGAGUUGCCAGCCGAAGGCGCCUCUCUGGGAUCAGAGGCUGUCACCGCGGAAGCAAAAUCGUCUCCAGCGGAGUCCGACGCCGUCGAAGGUACAACAGAGUCCGACACUGUCGAGGGUACAUCAGAGUCUACCGCUGUCGAGGGUACAUCAGAGUCUGCCGCUGUCGAGGAUACAUCAUCUCAGGAACGACGACCUCGACGAGCGCCAUUGACGGUUUACGUCCUCGCUCGGAAGAGGGCUAUCGAGAUCCUGAGCACGCCCGGCAAAAAUCACAAAUACUUAUCCAACCUGACUUCUUCCCGUCACGGAAUGGCUAUGCUCGCAAAAGGGGAGCGGAGAAUAUGGCGGGAGGGCAUGGACCACGUACUCCUCCAAAUGAUGAGACGAGAGGCCACCAACACUCUCAUCCUGCGUGCUCAGAGCAGCGAGCCCCCAGUUUACAAAUUCAUUCACCCUUGCGAGGGCUGGGAAGACACCGAUAUGCUUUACAGGGGCGGAUGCGUACUAUGGCUUCCCAAGAGGUGGCAGGGCAAAAGGUCAGUCUACCAGACCAUGGACGGUGAUCCCAAAUUUGGCGCCGAAAAGGUGCCGGUUCAUGACCUGCUGUGGCUGCUGGGCGAGAAAGAGUUGAAGAGGCUAAGAGAAGAGGCCGAGCUCUUCCGAGGCCGGGAGGUCUUGGUGUUAAAGCCUUGGAAAUCCCGGGCUAUGAGGAACCUCCAUCUGCUGCUUUGGAAGCUGCAGGGAUAUCUGGCGGAUCCUAAGGUCACGGAGACGGACUUUGCCAGCCUGGGCAAUGUCGAGGCUCUAUCAAUGUUAGAGUCCAAGGCUCGAUCAACGACAGAGUCCGAAGCUCGACCAAGGACAGAGUCCAAGGCUCGAUCAUGGACAGAGACCAAGGCUCAGCCUACGACAGAGUCCGAGACUCGAUCAACAACAGAGUCCAAGGCUUGGCCAACGACAAAGCCCGAGGGCAAGCCCAAACAGAAACCCAAAAUUACCUGGUAG